AUGCCUAAAAUACCCACCAAAUACAAGUUCAAAAAGAGGCCACCAAAUGGAUUCUCCAAAAUAGAGCCCACGCUGGCCAAAUUCAGUGCCAAAAUGAAAGCAGCAGAGUCCAAGCCACUACCGUUAAAUCGACCAAAGCAUGAGAGUACGUGGGAAAUAUAUAAAUUAAACCAUCAACGGUCAAGAUACAUCUUUGAGAUCUAUUACAAGAAGAAAAUGAUCAGCCGAGAGUUGUAUGAUUGGUUAUUAACAAACAAAUUUGGCGAUAAAGAACUCAUAGCGAAAUGGAAGAAGAAAGGGUACGAAAAUCUAUGUUGUCUAAAGUGCAUCCAGGCUAAGGAGACUAAUCAGGGAACUACGUGUAUCUGCCGAGUCCCCAGGGCCACGUUAAAAGAAACACAGAAGGAUAAGGGAAAAGACACGAGAUGCGUGAAUUGUGGAUGUAGAGGAUGUGCAAGUUCUGAUUGA